AUGGUCCGAUGGGCGGUCGUGGCCACGGCCCCGGGCGGCCUCUCCACGCGCGAGCCCGACCCCCAGGCAAAGGAGGGCGAUUACAAAGGCACAGUCAUCCCGGGGCCCCUGCCUGUCAACAGCCUGCCCGUGCUGUACUGGUUUGCGGAGGACCCCGUGGCGGCGCAGUCCGUGGCGGGCGCCCGCAGCUCCCUGGCGCUCAACGGGUCGUUUUAUGAUGAUGUGGAGGGCCAGCGGCGCGGCGUGACGUCACUCAACUACCCCAAGCCGAAGAUGAAGUUCAAGGCCAACAGCGGCAAGCAGUUCGACCUGUUCCCGAAUGCGCCGCGCAUGGGCCAGCUGAAGCUGAACUCGCUGUACUUUGAGCUGGGGGAGCUCAGCUUCAUGAAGGAGUACGUUGCGUCAAGGGUGCGGUCAACCUUCUCGUUUGACUUCGUUUGA